AUUUUCUCAAAUGUCAUGUCAUGUCAGCAAUACUGCAAGGCUGCCGUUUUGCUGCGCGUCGUGCCACUUCUUCAAUAAAAACAGCAAGAAAAUUCUAUACAUUUAAGAAAAUGACUGACAAAACGGUAGAUUUUACUACUCCGAAUGGGUUGGAGAGCAAAACUCCGUUCCUGAUCGGCGUCGCAGGAGGCACAGCCAGCGGCAAGUCAACAGUAUGCCAACGCAUAGUAGAAAAGCUUGGGCAACAACACAAGGAACAGACAGACAGGCGCGUGGUCUGCAUCAGUCAGGACUCGUUCUACCGAGAACUUACACCCUCGGAGAGGCUCCGCGCCGAGCGGGGGCAGUUCAACUUUGACCACCCAGACGCCUUCGAUGACAAGAAGCUGCUGGCGACACUGAAGGCAAUACUGCAGGGGAAGAAAGUGGAAGUUCCUGAAUAUAAUUACAUCACCAAUUCUAUUAGCGACCGGACACACACAAUCUACCCCGCUGACGUGGUGCUCAUCGAGGGGAUCCUGGUGUUCUACUUCCCUGAGGUCCGAGAGCGGUUCCACAUGAAGCUUUUUGUUGACACUGACUCCGACACCAGGUUGGCGAGGAGAGUGCCGCGGGACAUCAUGGAGCGAGGCCGCGACCUGGAGCAGGUGCUGAACCAGUACAUGAACUUCGUGAAGCCCGCCUUCGAGGAGUUCUGCUUGCCGACCAAGAAAUUCGCUGACGUCAUUAUUCCCAGAGGCGCUGACAAUAUCGUGGCGAUCGACCUGAUAGUGCAACACAUAUCGGAAUUUCUGAAACGGAACGUCAGGGAGCAUAACUUCCUGGGUAUGGAUUACCCCGGGUUCUGUCCGUCGGUUCCGGGCAGCCCGCAGCGAGGGAAGAGCGGACGGCCACACUAAACCGAACGAUUUGUGACUGAGUGCUGUGACCAAAGUCGG